AUGAACUUUGAGUGUACCUGCUUUGGCAGUACUGGUUAUAGGGACUCCGACUUGGAGGGAAAUCCGUGGAAACAAAUUAUUUACCCCUUAGCAUUUCACAUAAGUGAUGCCUACUGUAUUAGUCCAUUUUUACACUGCUGGAAAGAACUACCCAAGGCUGGUAACUUUAGCAAGAUCACCAGUGCUUGCUUUGAGCCAGCCAUCCAGGUAAUGAAAUGUGACCCUCACCAUGGUAAAUACAUGGCUUGCUGUCUGUCGUACCAUGGUGACAUGGUUCCCAAAGAUGUCAAUGCUGCCAUUGCCACCAUCAAGACCAAGUGUACUAUCCAGUUUGUGGAUUAGUGCCCCAUUGGCUUCAGGGUUGGUAUUAACUACCAGCCUCCCACUGUGGUGCCUAGUGGAGACCUAGCCAAAGUACAGAAAGUUGUGUGCAUGUUGAACAACACCACAGCUGUCGCUGAGGCCUGGGCUCACCUGGACCAAAACUUUGACCUGAUGUAUGCAAAGCAUGCCUUUGUUCACUGGUACGUGGGUGAGGGGAUGGAGGAAGAAGAGUUUUAUGAAGCCCGUGAGGACAUGGCUGCCCUUGAAAAGGAUUAUGAGGAGGUUGGAGCAGAUAGUGCUGAGGGAAAGGAUGAGGGUGAAGAGUAUUAACCUGUGUGCUAU